UAUGGGGGGGAUUAGAGGAGGGAAAUUAUCUACGGAAGCCAGCCGGGGCCAGGCUUAAGCAAAGAACAGUCGAAAUUCAGGACUAGGUUCUGUGGUAUCAGGGGCAAGAAAGUGAGGACCAGUACGGGGGCCAAAUGGUUUGGCUUUGCGAGAUCCACGGAGACAUAAAUGGGUAGCUUUCACAAGGGCAAUUGAGAUACGGGUCUGCAUGAAAAACAUCAUUUGAGAGUAGGAAAACUGAGUUUUGGAGGCAGUAGCAGAAGCAAGCCGUUGUAAGAGAAUCUUGGCUUGGGGGGCAAGCAUGCCAUCCACAGAAACAACAGAGGGAUGGAAGGAAGCGCGAUUGGAGUUGCACACUUCUUUAUAUUUGGAAAUUAUGUCGCGUUCUUGUUGGGUUACACUUUGACGAGAUCUUUGUUUCGGUAAGAGGCACAGUCCAAUUCAGUGACACGUACGUCAAAUACACUAAAGUAGCUUGCAUCUUCUUCAAAGGGUCGUUGCCGUACCGGUAUCGAGUAUCGUACAGCCGUAGAGAACAGAGCAAAGCUUCGAACGGCAUCACAAGAAGGGUCAAGGCAUCCGGCCAAAUCAAGACCGAGCAAACCAUCAACCCAGAAAACACGAAAACACCGCUGAUACAGAGCGAAAAAACAUUCGCUCUCUUCUAGAUUGGCAUUCGUUCGAGCAACUUGUUCUUUACUAUGGACAGAUUGAUCGGCUCUGUGGUGAAGUUCUUGCUUGCCCCAUCUUGGUGGGAGCAAGCAAAUGGCAAUGGUCAGUUUGGCAGCAGUGUUUCAAGCGAUGCAUCCAAAGAUCUUCCAUUUGUGAUUGGUGCUGGACUUUGUCGCACUGGAACUCAUUCCCUACAAGCAGCAUUGCUGGCCCUUGGUUACAACAAGCCAUAUCACAUGCGUGAACUCUUAGAACACCAAGUUCCAAUGGAUCCCUGGAUUGAGCUGGCUUUAAAUGAACGAGAAACUGGCACAAAGAACAAAACAUUGGCCCUCAUGACAGCACAAUCUGUGAUUGAUCAAGGGUUCAUGGCCACCACUGAUGCUCCUUGCUGCUUGCUCUACCCAGAGUUCCUGGAGCUCACAGAUGGCAAAGUUAUUUUGACUGUCCGGUCGAGUGCAAGUGACUGGAGGAAAUCUGUCCUUGAUACAGUUGGGCGUCUCCCCCUUUCCUUCUUCAAGCCUCCAUUCACAUUUUACGCUUUCACCAGAAACUUUGCUGGGGUUUUGGAUCCUUGGGUUUAUGAACGAAUUGGUGGCAUCGCUGAAUUAGGACAGAUGGAUGUUCCAAAGGAAUCAGUGCAUGAUUAUGAGGGGAAAUUGGAAUCUGCCUACACACAAUGGAUUGAAAAUGUCAAAGAGCAGGUCCCCCCAGAAAAGCUCCUGGUCCACCAUCCCAAGGAUGGAUAUCCCCCACUCUGUGAAUUUCUAGGAAUCAAGGAGGAGGAUUGCCCAAAGGAAGAUUACCCCCAUAUUGCUGAUACUGAUACCAUGAAACUCUUGAUUCGAAGUUUUGAGGUUACAACAGAAGGCUUUUUUCCAGUGGUUGGAUUAAUGGUGCUGUUGCCAGUAAUCAUUCGAAAAUCCAUUGGGGGCAAAAAGGGCGGAGCAAGCAAUAGUAAAGGCAUGAAGUCUGAUUGAUCGUUCCUCAGCUGUAGUUUGUGUGUGUACAUGCAGUGUUAGCUUAGAAUCGAAUGUUCAACCCUCACAAGUCACAUAUCCAUCGAGAACACCCCAUACCUCUUUCGUUGGAU